AUGCAACUAUCUCAGAAGUUUUUCGAUGCUUUCAACCUGUGUGGAACCUCCCUCAAAUCCCCACCUAUUGCUCGGAAACUUCAUGCCCAACUCAUACUCUCCGGAUUGGACGCUUCACUUUUCUUACUCAACAAUCUAAUGCACAUGUACUCCAACUGUGCCAUGCUAGAUGAUGCUUUUCGCGUAUUUCGCGAGACUAGUCAUGCCAAUACCUUUACCUGGAACACCAUGCUCCAUGCAUUCGUACAUUCUGGCCAGAUGCAAGAAGCAGAGAACUUGUUUGAUGAAAUGCCCACAAGAAUGAGAGACUCUAUUUCUUGGACCACGAUGAUAUCUGGUUAUUGUCAAAACGGCCUCCCUGCUUAUAGCAUCAAAACGUUUAUGUCAAUGCUUCGAGACUCUAAUCAUGAAAUUCAAAAUUGUGACCCCUUUUCUUAUACUUGUACAAUGAAGGCUUGUGCUUGUCUUUCCUCCCCUCAGUUGGCUCUUCAGUUGCAUGCCCAUGCCAUCAAGUUACAUUUGGGAACCCAAACUUGCAUUCAGAACUCCCUUGUUGAUAUGUAUAUUAAGUGCGGUGCAAUUCGAUUGGCUGAGACUGUUUUCCUUAACAUUAAAAGCCCGAGUUUGUUUUGCAGGAACAGUAUGAUUUAUGGAUAUUCUCAAUUAUAUGGGCCCUAUGAAGCUCUCCGAGUGUUCACCCGAAUGCCUCAACGUGACAAUGUUUCAUGGAACACGUUGAUAUCAGUGUUCUCUCAACAUGGCAUUGGGGUCCGCUGUCUUAGUAUGUUUGUGGAGAUGUGCAAUCUGGGUUUUAGGCCCAAUUUCAUGACUUAUGGUAGUGUACUCAGUGCAUGUGCAAGCGUUUCUGAUCUGGAAUGGGGUUCCCAUUUGCAUGCUCGAAUUCUUCGAAUGGAACAUAGCUUGGAUUCAUUUUUGGGAAGUGGUCUCAUAGACAUGUAUGCCAAAUGUGGAUGCUUAGGACUGGCGAGGCGUGUGUUUGACAGUUUAGGGCAACGUAAUCAAGUUUCUUGGACUUGUUUGAUUGCUGGGAUCGCACAGUUUGGACUUGGCGAAGAUGCUUUGGCACUAUUUAACCAAAUGAGAUUAGAUUCCGUGGUGUUGGAUGAUUUCACUCUUGCCACUGUACUUGGGGUUUGUUCAAGUCCGAAUUAUGCUGCCCCUGGAGAACUAAUUCAUGGAUAUGCAAUCAAAAGUGGAAUGGAAUCCUCCGUUCCUGUAGCGAAUGCAAUCAUUACAAUGUAUGCAAAGUGUGGUGAUACUGAGAAAGCCAGCCUUGCAUUUAGAUUGAUGCCACUUAGAGAUACCAUAUCAUGGACAGCCAUGAUCGGUGCAUUCUCUCAGAAAGGAGACAUUGACAGGGCACGCCAAUGUUUUGAUACGAUGCCUGAGCGUAAUGUCAUAACUUGGAAUUCCAUGUUAAGCACAUAUAUUCAGCAUGGCUUCACAGAAGAAGGAAUGAAGUUGUAUGUUUUGAUGAGAAGUCAAGCAGUCAAACCGGAUUGGAUCACUUUUGCAACUUCUAUCCGAGCCUGUGCUGAGUUGGCUAUUCUAAAACUUGGGACACAAGUCAUAUCUCAUGCCAUAAAGUUUGGGCUCAGUUCUGAUGUUUCAGUUGCAAAUAGUAUUGUCACUAUGUAUUCAAGAUGUGGGCACAUCAAAGAAGCACAGAAAGUUUUUUAUUCAAUACAUGUGAAAAGCUUGAUUUCCUGGAAUGCCAUGAUGGCAGCAUUUGCACAAAAUGGUAUAGGCAAGAAAGUAAUUGAAACAUUUGAGGAUAUGUUGAGGACAGGGUGCAAACCUGACCAUAUAAGCUUUGUUGCUGUUUUAUCUGGGUGCAGCCACAUGGGGCUUGUAGUUGAAGGGAAACAUUAUUUUGAUUCCAUGACUCAAAUGUUUGGCAUUUCUCCAACAAAUGAACACUUUGCUUGUAUGGUAGAUCUGCUUGGUCGAGCAGGGUUACUAGACGAGGCCAAGAAUUUAAUAGAUGGAAUUCCUUUAAAGCCAAAUGCCACUGUUUGGAGUGCUCUACUAGGAGCAUGCCGAAUUCAUUAUAAUUCAAGACUAGCUGAAACUGCCGCGAAGAAGUUGAUGGAAUUAAAUGUUGAAGAUUCUGGAGGUUAUGUCCUUCUAGCUAAUAUAUACGCCGAGUCUGGGGAGUUAGAAAAUGUUGCUGAUAUGAGAAAAUUGAUGAAAGUGAAAGGAAUUCGAAAGAGUCCAGGUUGUAGCUGGAUAGAGGUUGAUAACAGGGUACAUGUGUUCACUGUAGAUGACACCAGUCAUCCACAAAUGAAGGAGAUUUAUGUAAAACUGGAGGAGAUGAUGAAGAAGAUAGAAGAUACUGGAAGGUAUGUUAGUGUGGUCUCUUCUGCUCAUAGGAGUAAAAAAUACCAUAGUGAAAAGCUAGCUUUUGCUUUUGGAUUGCUGAGUUUGCCAUCUUGGAUGCCUAUACAUGUAAUGAAGAAUCUUCGUGUGUGCAACGAUUGUCACUUGGUAAUAAAGUUGUUGUCUUUGAUCACCUCAAGGAAACUUAUAAUGAGAGAUGGAUAUCGAUUUCAUCAUUUCAAGGAUGGAUUUUGCUCCUGUAGAGACUAUUGGUAG